AUGAUUCACGGCAAUUUUCCUUUUAAGGCCGGGCUCGACGGGGAGGAAGCAGAGGAGGAGGAGGAGGACACUCCUUCGACCUCGCUGGCUCCUCCUGCUCUCGCUCGAGGCUCCGACGCUCAGCCAAAAACGAAUCCCGGCGGCGGGGCUCGGCAGAGGCUCCGACGGCUCCCGGCCCCGCUCCUCGCCCAAGCGUCUGCCCUGGCCCGCGUCCCAGCCAUGGCAAGAAACCACCAAGUGCAGAAGGCCAAGCUGGCCGAGCAGGCUGAGCGCUACGAGGACAUGGCGGACUUCAUGAAGGCGGUGGUGGAACACGGGGACGAGUUGUCCAACGAGGAACGCAACCUCCUCUCCGUCGCCUACAAGAACGUGGUGGGGUGCCAGCGCUCGGCGUGGAGGGUCAUCUCCAGCAUCGAGCACAAAACCGAAGAGGGGGACGACAAAGCGCAGCUGGUGAACGAAUAUCGGGAGAAGGUGGAAAGGGAGCUGAAUUGCGUCUGCAAGAACGUCCUGGCCUUGCUGGACAAGUAUCUCAUCAAGAAGGCGAGCGAUGCUGAGAGCAAGGUCUUCUACCUGAAGAUGAAGGGCGACUACUUCCGAUACCUGGCCGAGGUGGCCACCGGGGACGACCGCAAGAAGACGAUAGACAACGCCCAGGAAGCCUACCAAGAGGCCAUGGACAUCAGCAAAAAGGAGAUGCAGCCCACGAACCCCAUCCGCCUGGGGCUGGCGCUCAACUUCUCCGUCUUCCACUACGAGAUCGCCAACGCCCCCGACCAGGCCAUCUCCCUGGCCAAGACCACCUUCGAUGAGGCCAUGGGGGACCUGCACACGCUCAGCGAAGACUCCUACAAGGACAGCACCCUCAUCAUGCAGCUGCUCAGGGACAACCUCACGCUAUGGACAGCCGAGUGCGCCGGAGAAGACGGCGGCGAGGCUGGCGAAGAGCCCAAGAACUGAACGGCCCCCGUGGAGCUGGGGACCGGCCCCCACCUGCCCCCCCCUCCAGUCCCUUUGGCAUCUCUUCAUGGUUUUUUUUUUUUUUGUUUUUUUUUUUUUUUUUUUUGGUUUAGGUUUUUUUGGGGGGGGGGGAGGCAUCUCAGCUCCCCCACGGCCCCCCCAGCCUGGAUGCCGGGAGUGGGGGUGGCUUUGGCAUGGCUCCCCCCCCCCUUCCCUCUCCCCCAUCCUCUGCUCUGGGGAGGGGGAAAGGAGGGAAGGGGGGGUGCCUCUGUCCCAGGGCUGCCAGCACCCCACUAUUUAACAUUUUGGGUGUGGGGGGGCCCAGCCUAGCAUGUGCCGGCUCCAAACCCCCAGAGGGCUGGAGCCACGACGGGAGGAGGUGAGGGGCCAGGACGGGGCAAGACGGGGGGGGUCCGGGCAGCCUCGCCAUCCCGGGGCGGGGGGGGGG